AAGGAAAACAUUCAGUCCAUAGCCGCGCGCGCGGUCCGCCGCACGCAAUCAUUCGUCGCGUUCUGAAUUCAUACGUACGCGUGUAUAAAUUUUUGUCUAUGAAUUAAAAAGAAUAAUAGUGCACAGAUGAGGUUCGAUUUGACCUUUAAAUAAGGUGUAAUCCGAUAAAGCCGAUGUGGAGACUAGGGAUUCUUCUAUAAUAACUUAAGUAGUGGGCGCGCCAGCAUGUGGCGUGCAAUACUGCUAUCGUGGGCCCUAGUAUGCCACGGCCAACAGACGGGGCCUAACCGGGUCGUUGACCUCACCAGCUCGUGUGACAAGGGCUCUUUCACCGUGCAUCUGGGGCUUGAGAAGCCCUUCAAGGGUAUCGUCUUCAGUAAGGACUUCUCCAGGGAAUGCCGUGUUCAAGGAAGUUUCCAAAACCGUGUGACCCUCCACUUACCAUCGAACGCGUGUGGCGUGCGCACCUCAGCCUUGAAUUCCACCUCGGAGUCUGAUGACGAGGACCUGUAUUACAGCGUCGAGCUGGUGGUGCAGAUGGACAAGCAUCUGCAGCAGUCUGCCGACCAGGAGAUUCUCGUGCGAUGUAAACUGCAGCGCCGUGCAGUGCGCAUCAACAGCUCGGCACUAGAGGGCGUCAUAACCACCAAGCUACGCGAGAUGAUGGGGCAAAAUACGAAGAAAAUGAGGAGCGGUCGCACGCGGCCCGGCUUCGCGCCGGAGGAGCAGCAGCAGCGGCAGUGGCUGCUGGAGGCGGCGCGCGCGUGGAUGCGGCUGGCGGGCCCGGGGGCGGAGCCCGACCGCGUCGAGGUCGGCCAGCCCACCCGCCUGCUCAUACAGUGCACGCUGCCUGUUGGCGUUGGUCUUCGAGUGACGAAUUGCAUCGCGCACGACGGCCUCGGCGAGGCCUCUCAGAAGCUGCUGGACGAGGCCGGCUGCCCCAUCGACGAGGCCAUCUUCAGCAAGCCCACCGUCCACCGCCACCAACACACCACCGAAGUUGACCUCUCCGACUUAGAACCAGUCGACCCUCAACGAAAUAUCGACGAAAACAUCAAACUCUUCAGGAAAGACCCAGACUUCGUAUUCAAAAAUAUAAUGACCUACCAACACGCUGUCACAACUUUCGCAGCGUUCAAAUUCCCUGAUCGCGCGAAAUUGCACUUGUCGUGUGGUAUCGAGUUAUGCAAGGGCCAAUGCCCACCCGUCGACUGCAAGGCGCUGCAGAAGCCGCAACAAACCAAAGAUGGAUUGGUCAGAAAAGCUAGAUUGGAUAAGGACGCUAAAGGAGUUGUUAUUGAUCGACUGGAAGUUUAUAAUAGCAUUGAAGUUUUGGCCCCGAAUAUCGAGCUGGAGGAUGAGGCAUCAAUUAGAGGCUCAAGAAGAAUAGAAGCAGAAGAAGAUGAAUUAAUCCGAAGAUUCUCUCCUGGAGACAAAACUAUCUGCCUGUCACCAGGGAAAAUGGCCCUUGCGUUCUGCGUCUUAGGCGUGAUUUUCCUCUGCGCCAUAGCUAUAGCAUUCAUAUCGUUGGUGAGAGCGAGACGCCGACUCGGCCGCGAGCCGCUGCAUACAUCCCUCUCUUUCUACACCGGCAGUAAAAGCAUGUUUUCUUCUAGUGAAAGUUCUAGCUCAGGUUUGAGUGGCAGUAAGCUGCUCCUGACUGAUAGUCCAUAUUUGGACCACCACUCGUCUUCCAGUAACAACUGGCCUUAUUCACGAGCGUUUUGAAACAAUGACUGAUUUACUUUAAAUAACUUAAAAAUCAAUAAUAC